AUGGAAAAGGAUUUCUGUUUGUUACUAAGAGGGUUAGUGUUAUUGGCGAUGGUCGGGACGAGCUUGGAGAUUGUAGAAUCAAAUAUAAUUCAAGUGUGGUCGGUGCCAGGAGGUGAGACUCGUCUUCCUUGCGAUCUGGCUGCGUCUGCAAGAGAUGUGGCCAUGAUGAUGUGGUUCAAGGAUGGUGACAGAAUGCCUAUUUACACGGUAGACUUCAGAAAUGGUCCUCCUACUCAUUGGGCCGUCGCUGGAGAAUUCGGCUCCCGAGCUCACUUCGUCCUGAACGAGUCAGACACGACAUCAGCGCAUUUGGUCGUUGAGAAAGUAACCCAGUUCGACGAGGCGGUGUACCGAUGCAGGAUAGAUUAUAUCGACUCCCCCACGAGAAACUAUAGAGUCAAUUUGACUGUAAUUGUUCCACCCGACCCGCCCAAAAUUUAUGACAACGAAGGUCGUGAGAUAUCUGGUAACAUGGCAGGGCCCUACAGAGAGGGACAGGACCUAAAGUUGACCUGUCAAGCGCCCGGUGGCAAGCCGCCGCCAGACAUAACUUGGUACCACGGGGACGAGCGUCUAGGCAUCGCGAGGGACGCUUCUAGUUGUCAAGUGCACAUAACGAGUCUGUCCCGGGAGAUGAGUGGCGCCAAACUAAGGUGUAGGGUUAACCCACCGCUCUUGCAGACGCUAGUGAGGGAUGUCACGCUUAAAAUGUAUCUAAAACCACAGUACGUGCGGGUUUCGGGUGGUGGUGCGACUCGAGCAGGGCACGAGAGGUCUUUCGUUUGUACCACACGUGGGUCGAAACCAGCUCCCAAUAUUGACUGGUUUAUAAACGCCCAGAGAAUCGACUCUUCGUUAACGCAAGUAGAAGUUGACGGAGAAUUGACGAGGAGUGUGCUAACAUGGAGAGUACGACGAGAAGACAGUGGCAGGGAGUUUGUAUGUAGAGUCUCAAACCCUUGGUUUCCAGCGUAUACUCUAGAAGAUUCUAUUGUUCUUGAAGUGAUUUAUCCCCCGAUACCCCAAAUUUCCCUCAUCGAACCAAGAGAGUCUCGCCAGCUAAGAGAAGACGAAGAUGCAGUCCUACUCUGCUCAGCAGAUGCAUCUCCACCAGCGUUUAACUACACUUUCUAUAAAGGAUUUGAGGACCACCUGGUACGAGACGAUCCCAUUGGAGGAAUCGCAGUCGAAGGGCAGAAGCUCUUCCUCCAUGGCCUAAGACGACAUCAUUCCGCAAGAUACCGGUGUCGGGCGUGGAACUCCGAAGGCAGUGGGUUGAGCGAGCCCCUGAACUUGAACGUCCUUUCACAACCAGAAUGUUCAGCUGGAAAUGUAGUCCAGCAGAUAGCUGGCGCUCCCGGUGGGGAGGUAAGGGCUCGCUGUUCUGUCAGUGCACCGUCUGCCAGAGACGCGGGACCGUUGAAGUUCUAUUGGACCUACAAUGGGACUAGAGACGUUCUACCUAUUCCCGUAUCUAAUGUAACAACGAUGGGCUCAAGCAGCACUGUAAUCCACGGUCUUCCGAAUAUCGACGAUGAGGAUUUGGGGUGGUUGGCCUGCUGGGCCAGAAACGAUAUUGGAAACCAACGGGAGCCUUGCUUGUUCAGAAUCAUGCCAGCGGGCUUUCCCGAACCUCCAAACAAUUGCGCAAUCGAGAAUGAUGUCAUUAGAUGUGAGGCCGGCCAUGACGGAGGUCUACCUCAGUGGUUUGUGAUGGAAGCGCUGGGAGUGAAACAGCACGAGAUCGAAGGGAACGAACUGGAUUCUACUAUGAACGAUCAAGGUGUAUCCGGACGAGGUCUCACAGAGACUGUAUACAAGACCAGCAACGAUGCAAGCCCACAGUUUGCCCUCGACGCUCUAACUCCUGGGCGCUAUACAUUCCUGAUAUAUGCUGUCAACCCUCGUGGUCGUUCCCUUCGACCAGCAGCAUUGCAUAGUGUUCCUGUUAGGACCACGGAAGACUUGGAUAGACCAGGUUCCCUGCAAACUAUGACUCCUGUGCCCCCACAAAACUCGAGUCCUCAAGACAAUAGCGUAGCGCUCUUGGUUGGGGCAGUACUAGCAUUGGUGAUGCUGACUAUCCUCACCACUCUAUGCGUUUCCAUGGUCGUUAUGUGCAAGAAGAAAACACGCCCGGGCCGGGAUACAGAACAGAGUGCCCUAACCCGAAACGUUGGAGUCUCAAUGUACAGCGGAACAGCUCUGUCGCCGAGUAUCGUGCCAACAGUUGUGGUGCGAGGUCAUCGUGGGUCCAGAGUUCUCGCCGCUCGCUGGUCCGGUGUCCUGGAUGAUACUCCUCUAGCUGUUCUAGCUCUAGACACAAGACCUCAUAAUAUGGACACUCACAGCGAAGAUGAUUAUCAUGAAACCGAACUUAUAACACACGAAAACAUGGAGACCCAAACUGACGCCUAG